GUCUUUGAUCCGGAUGCCAGCCAGAAGAAGGUCUUUGAGGGUUCAGUUCGUGGUUUGGUCCGUGACGUUCUCACUGGAGGAAACUGUCUGGUGUUCACGUACGGAGUCACCAACGCUGGAAAAACCUUCACAUUCCUGGGUCCGGACCAUGACUCCGGUCUGUUGCCCAGGUCUCUGUCUGUGAUCUUUAACAGCAUCGACGGUCGUCUGUACGGUCGGUCCGACCUGAAGCCACAGCGCUGCAGAGACUUCAGCAGACUGACUCCAGACCAGCAGGCAGCAGAGUCCAGCAGCAAGAGGAACCUGCUGAGGCUCUUUAAAGAGAGCGACAAAAGUCAGACGUCUGGCAGAUCAACUUUUCUUGACGGCUCGUCUGACAGCACAGGGACUGGCGUCUCUGAGGAGGACAGUUUUUGUCUUGAUGUCGACUCAAACGUCCGUUUCUCUGUUUGGGUUUCAUUCUGUGAGAUUUACAACGACAACAUCCACGACCUGCUGGAGCAGGUUCCCAGUGGACACCACAAGAGGACGGUUCUGCGUCUGUCUCAGGACGUCAAAGGAAAAUCGUUCAUCAAAGACCUGAGGUGGGUCCAGGUGAACGGGUCUGAAGAGGCCUACAGAGUGCUGAAGAUUGGGAAGAAGAACCAGAGCUUCUCCUCCACCAGACUGAACCAUCUGUCCAGCAGGAGCCACAGCAUCUUCUCCAUCAGGAUCCUCCGAGUGGACGACGUCGGCGUUCCCAGAGUCCUCGGCAUCAGCGAGUUGUCUCUGUGUGACCUGGCCGGAUCCGAGCGCUGCUCUCGGACUCACAACACCGGGGAGCGACUGAAGGAGGCGGGAAACAUCAACAGCUCUCUGCUGACGCUCGGGAAGUGCAUCAACUCCAUGAAGCUGAACCAGCACACCAAGGUCCCGCACCACGUCCCCUUCAGGGAGUCCAAGCUCACCCACUUCCUGCAGUUCUUCUUCUGUGGUGGCGGCCGCGUCUCCAUGGUGGUCAACAUCAACAGGAACUCGUCCUGCUUCGACGAGACUCUCAACGUCCUCAAGUUCUCCGCCCUCGCCCAGAAGGUGGUGGUCUUGAACUCGAGGCCGAUGGUCCCAGACGACGUCCCCCACAAUUCGGCCAUGGAGCUGUCGCUAAUCAUCGAGGACGCCGACCGCCGCAGAAACGUGUCGGGGCGGGGCAGGAAGAGCUCGCUGGUCGCCUGGGAGAAGACUCUGGAGGAUGUGCUGGAGGAUGAGGACGAUGAAGAGUGGGGGGGGGAGGAGGAGGAGGAGAGUGCGAUAGAAGGAACAGUGCUGGAGGCAGGCGGUGAGGAAGACGAGGAGGAGGAAGGUGACAGGACCAUGGAGGGAGAAGAGAAGACGUCAGACAGAGAGGCUGCGCUGCGUUUGGUGCUGGAGGCUCAGAUCAGAGAGGAAGUCUGCGCUGAGUUCAUGGAGCUCUACAACAAGAUGGAGAAAGACUACAGUGAGCGUCUGGAGAAGGAGAAGGAGAUCCUCGAGGAGCGAGCUGAUAAAAGAAUGGAGAUCCUAAAGAACCUCGUCAGUAAGACGGUCGACCUGUCAACUGUCAGCACCAACCACAAGGAGGAGGCCGAUCUGUUGGAGAUCUUCAGUUCAGUGACUGAAGAUCUGGAGAAGAUCAGAGAGGACGCUCAGAGUGUUCACCGCUGUCUGACUGAGAGCACACACACUGCAG